UUGAAGAUGAGUAAGAGUGGGUUUGGGAGCUCUGACAGCAUUUCUGCUUCCGGUGGAGCGAGUGGAGGCAGUGACCAACAAUCUGAGAGAGGUGCAGUUCCUGCUGUUAAGACCCAAAGACCUAGGGUCCGAAUCCAGGACAUCGUACCGUGUAAUGUGAACCAGCUGCUCAGCUCUACUGUUUUGGACACAGUGUUCAAGGUUAGGGGAAUUACAGUUUCCCAGGUCUCCAUCGUGGGGAUAAUCAGAGGGGCAGAGAAGGCUUCAAAUCACAUUUGUUACAAAAUUGAUGAUAUGACCGCGAAGCCCAUCGAGGCCCGACAGUGGUUUGGGAGAGAAAAAGUCAAGCAGCUGACUCCACUGUCAGUCGGACUAUAUGUCAAAGUGUUUGGUAUCCUCAAAUGUCCCGCGGGAACGAAGAGCCUUGAGGUAUUGAAAAUUUAUGUCCUCGAGGACAUGAAUGAAUUCACUGUGCAUAUUCUGGAAUCGGUCAAUGCACACAUGAUGCUGGAUAAAGCCCGUGGUGAUGCCACUGUACAAAGUGUGCCUGUGUCUGCAUCAGAAGUGGAUGAUGCUGGGGAUAAUGAUGAGAGUCGCCGCAAUUUCAUCCGGGACGAAGUGCUGCGUUUGAUUCAGGAGUGCCCUCGUCUGGAAGGGAGGAGCAUCCAUGAGAUCCACGCUCAGCUCUGCCACCUUGGCAUCCAGGCCAUCAAGGAAGUGAUUGAUUAUCUGACCCUCGAGGGCCACAUCUAUCCCACUGUGGAUCGCGAGCAUUUUAAGUCUGCUGAUUGAGGCAGGGAAACCAUCCUUUUAUUUUCUGAAGACCCUUGAAUCCACCUGUGAGUAAUUUUGACCUGUUGACUUUUUAGGAAACGACAAAAAAAAAAAAAAAUACUCAACUGGCAUUCUUCAAGAACUCGCUGCUUUUCCAACUGCUUUGAACUUUUCUUUUUUUUCUACCUAUAUUUGAAGCUCAGAGAGAGAUAGUGAUGGGUAAAAUGACUGAACUCUGUAGGAUUUACUAGCAAGCUAAUGGAAAAAGUGAUUUUGGGUGAAUAAAAACUACAGAAAAUGUUGAAAUUUAUAAUUCGUGUUCGAGCUACUUUUCCCAAAAUAUCUGUGUAUUGCGAAAAAAUAAUUGCAGUCACGGAGCUAGCUAAAAGACAAAAA